GCUGAUGCUGCUGCUGAUGCUGAUGCUGCUGCUGAUGCUGAUGCUGCUGUGCUCCGCGCGCGCACAUCAGUAAAUGAAUCACGUAGCACUAGAACAGCCCUUCUUCAUGCGAUCUUGCCGGAGAGACCUAUCGGAGAACCCCCCCCCCCCCUCACGGCGAGAUAGAUCUGUCACCGGUCACUCAUUUGCUGGAGGACGAUCAGAAAACUAUGUUCAAUGCACCGAGCGAUGCGCCGGAGUCGGUUGUAACGGCGCCGGGAGGAUUCCGCUCGGGUCUCAGGGAGCAGGCGGCGGGUUGCAACAGUUGACGCGGAGAGAGAGAGAGAGAGAGGGAGAGAGAGAGAGAGGGGGAGAAACUGAGCGCAGGAGGAAAAGCGAUUCAUUUUGAUCAGCUCAGAUCUUCCUCGCACCCCUGGUCUUUUUUUUUUUUCUUUCUCUUUUCCCCGAGACCUCCCCCCCCUCCGCCUCCCUCCUCCCUCCUCCCGAUCGCAGGGGCAGUGGCAGACGAGCAAUUGUCCGAAUGCAGGAUGUAAGAGCACCGGUUCCAAUUGGACUGGAUUAUGGGAUUAUCAUUGGACUGAUCAUAGGACAAACCGUCGGGCCAAAGAAGUCGCCGCCGUGCCACGGAUGCUCUCGAGUGACGGGGACGCAGGAGGUUGGACGCGAGUAGCUGCUUCUCUCCCACUUUGUGGCACGGCAACGAGCCCAUAUGCAACAGUGUGCCGCACCGGAGGAGGAAAGUGAAUGCAUUGUGAACGAAAGAGUUCGUCGUGGCAUGUGGAAGAUGAUCAUAUAGCCGCUGAGGAGGAGACGACGGCGCACGGAUCGAUCGGCGUCCCGGCCACGCGUGCGGGGGUUUGGGCUCAGUCUCCCUGGUCUGCGCAGUAAUCAACAGGUUGAAAGUCAACGAGGAUUCUUCCUCUUCUUCUUCUUCUUCUUCUUCUUCUCCUCCUUGUCCUUCUUCUUCCUCUUCUUCCUCUUCUCCUCCUUCACCUUCUUCUUCCUCUCCGCCUGCCGGCACCGCGCGUCCAGCUGAAGGGAUGCGUCUCUCUGUGCCCAUCUUCCUUCUGCUGUGGGUUGAAGCCCUGACAUUGAAAAACCUCAAUUACUCCGUCCCGGAGGAGCAAGGACCGGGCACCGUCAUCGGCAACAUAGCCAAAGACGCCGGGUACGGGGCCAUGGAGAGGGGGAAGAAAUCCAACUUCAGGGUGCUGGAGAAUUCCGCACCACACCUGGUGGACGUGGACCCGGAGAGUGGACUGAUCUUCACCAAACAAAGGAUCGACAGGGAGACGCUGUGCCGGCGGAACCCCAAGUGCCAGCUCUCCAUGGAGGUGUUCGCCAACGACAAGGAGAUAUGCAUGAUCAAGAUUGACAUCCAGGACAUCAACGACAACUCGCCCGGCUUCCCCUCGGAUCACGUGAACAUUGACAUCUCGGAGAACGCGGCCGCCGGCACACGCUUCCCCCUGACCAUUGCCCAUGACUCGGACUCUGGGGAGAAUGGGAUAAAGACCUACCAGGUCACGAGAGACGAUUACAAUACCUUUUCGUUGGAUUUAAAAGUGAGGGGUGAUGGCACGAUAUACCCCGAGCUGGUGGUGCAGAGACCUCUGGACAGAGAGGAUCAGAGUCAUCACACCCUCCUCCUCACUGCGAUCGACGGCGGGGAGUAUCCGAGAUCAGGCUCCAUGCAGAUCAACGUCAGGGUGACUGACUCCAAUGACAACAGCCCGGUUUUUGAGAAAUCCUCCUAUGUCAUAGAGAUCCCAGAGAAUUCGCCGCCUGGAAAAGUGCUUAUAGACUUGAAUGCCACGGACCAAGACGAGGGGAGCAACGGGCAGGUUGUCUAUUCCUUCACUGGAUAUGCAUCGGAGAGAAUCCAAGAUUUGUUCUCCAUUGACCCCAAUACGGGCAUCAUCAAGGUCCAGGGGGAAAUUGACUAUGAGGAGAAUCCAAUCAUAGAGUUUGACGUGCAGGCUAAGGAUCUGGGGCCCAACCCGAUACCAGGCCACUGUAAAAUUACUGUCAAAGUGCUUGACAAAAAUGACAACUCGCCAAUAAUAAGUUUUGUUUCUGUCCGACAAGGAGCCAUCAGCGAGGCGGCGCCCCCAGAAUCUGUCAUAGCGCUGGUCCGGGUGACGGAUAAGGAUUCGGGCCGCAAUGGUCAACUCCAGUGCCGGGUGCUGGGGAACGUGCCCUUCAGACUGCAGGAAAACAAUGACAAUUUCUACACGCUGCUCACAGACAGACCCCUGGACAGGGAAAUGAAAGAAGAAUACAAUGUGACAAUAGUGGCGAGAGAUAAUGGGAUCCCUUCUUUGAACUACACCAAGUCCUUUACUGUGAAAAUCUUGGAUGAGAAUGACAAUGCGCCGCGCUUUACAAAGACUAUUUAUGUGCUACAGGUGCUUGAGAACAACAUCCCGGGGGAGUAUCUGGGCUCAGUUCUGGCCCACGACCCAGAUGUGGGUCGAAACGGAACAGUGUCGUACUCCAUUCUGCCGUCGCAUAUAGGAGAUGUUUCAGUGUACACCUAUGUGUCUGUUAAUCCCACCAACGGAGCCAUAUAUGCCUCGCGCUCUUUCAAUUACGAGCAAACAAAGUCCUUUGAGUUCAAAGUUCAGGCUAAAGAUGGAGGAUCUCCGCACAUGGAGAGCACUUCUAUCGUCAGGGUCAAUGUCCUCGACGUGAACGACAAUCUCCCAGUUAUCAUUUUACCCCUUCUGCAGAAUGAUACAGCUGAAAUCCCAGUGCCUAGAAACGUCGGUAUUGGCUACAUUGUGACCACAGUGAAAGCGGUGGACCACGACCAUGGAGAGAGUGGCCAUUUGACCUAUGAGAUCACAGAGGGCAAUGACGACCACCUGUUCGAAAUGGAUGCAGUCGGAGGGGAGGUCAGAACUGCCCAUGCUCUUUGGGAAGAGGUGGCCCCAGUGGUUGAGCUGGUGGUGAAGGUAACUGACCAUGGCAAGCCCCCCUUAUCUGCCGUGGCUAAGCUGAUCAUUAAGGCGAACACAGAAACGGCACCAGGAGGGGGUUCCAGCGCGAGCGGGGAACAGCAGCACUGGGAUGUAUCCCUGCCCCUCAUAGUUACCCUCUGCAUUAUCUCUGUCAUGCUCUUAGCAGUCAUGACUGCCAUCGCUGUCAAGUCCAAGCAUCAAGAUAAGGAGACUGGGAAUUAUAACUGCCGCAUGGCUGAGUACUCCAAUCCUCCAGUGGGGAAGGGCAAAAAGAAAAGGAUCAACAAGAGUGACAUCAUGCUGGUGCAGAGUGAGAUGGAGGAGAGAGAUUCCGCGAGCCGGAUGAACGUGGUGAGCAGCCCCUCGCUCAUCACUUCACCAAUAUGUUUUGACUACCAGAGCCCUCUGCCACUCACGCUGCCCAGGUCAGAGGUCAUGUACCUGAAAACCACCCCAAACAGCCUGACAGUCCCCAGGGCAGGUUGCCACUCCAGCUUUGCCGGGCUUAGCACAGACACUCCAGCGAGUAGGAUGUCAGUGAUACAGACCGAAAAAUUCCCGUCAGAGUCCAAUUAUGCUGGCAGCAGGCAACCAUUCGUUCAAAGCUCAACAUUUAAGGAUGCAGAACGAGCAAGCCUCCGAGACAGUGGCCAUGGUGAUAGUGACCAGGCUGAUAGUGACCAGGAUACUAAUAAAGGCUCACACUGCGACACGUCUGCCAGAGAGGCCCUCAAGAUGAAGGCAACAGCAGUUAAUGGCCAGCCUUUUGAGCAGGAGCAAGACAAAUCAGUCCACUGCACCGAUGAAUGUCGUGCACUGGGACAUUCUGACAGAUGCUGGAUGCCAAAGUUACGGGUAGGAAGCCAAGCAGACAGCGCCGAUAAUCGCACCAACCUUUUCAUCCCUGUGGGAAUGGAUGCCAUGGUAGAGACAGAGAUUUAUGGCACCAUCAGCUGCAGCAGCAGAAAAACCCUCAGCACGUUUGGGAAGGAACAGCGGGACAGUACAAUCCUCGUGGCCAAUGUCAAACCUUACUUAAAGUCGCAACGUGCACUAAGCCCACCGCUACGGGAGAGUCCGUCUGCGGCCAGUAGUCCCACCAAGAGCAGUAUGCCCCUGGACUUGGCCAACCCAGGGUCCAAAGAAGAGAGGGAAGGGGGCUCAGACAGCAGUGCCUACGGCCCUCCAGAUGGCCAGUGCUCCCCACUGCACACUGAAUUGGAGGAGCCGUCCUACCUGACCCGUGAGCUCAGGCCCAAGUCCCUGUCCAGCAGUCUCAUUCACAGCUCUGUCAUCAGCCAGGAGUGUGGGGGGUCAGACUAUGCUCUUGACCCGCGGGACUCUGGUAACUGACAGGUCACAUGGUCUCCCUGGCUCUCGCCUGCCAGAGGUGUGCUGAUGACAUCACAGAUUAAUGACCAGGAGGAGAUUUUUCUUUCCUUUUUUCUCUCCACAGAGGUGUCCAGACACGCAUUGUAUAACCAAAAACCAUCUGCCGUGUAUGUUUGUUUUUUUUGAGUUUGUGACUUGUUGUGUGUCGGUGAAAUAUGUGUCCUUGACUGCUGUGAAGGUUUAGGGGGGGAAAUCAGCGCUUACCUGACUUCGAGUGUUUUCAUGGUGUUCUGUACCUGUCAGUUUAGAUGUCUGUAUUUUACACAUUUCAAGCUCCAAUUUUGUGAGGCUAUUGAACAAAUUGCUACUGUUAAGGUAUUGAGUCCCGUCUGCUUUUGUAAAGUGAAGCUCUCUGUCUCCAUUUAGUGUAUAAGGAACAUCUCUUUGAAUAUCACAGGCAACUGAAACACAUAUCAGUGACGUUAAAUACAAAAGUGAAGUGUCUUAUGAACUGUUAAUGGUGGUGCAACAGGGGAUGUCCCUUUUCAUAAAACCAUUUGAGGUUCCUGUAAAAAAACAAUUUUUUAAGAAUGUAUUUGUAAUUUUAUUGUCGUCCUCUCCGCAGUUUAUGUGAAAAUAAGCUGAGCUUACACGUGAAUGUGGGCUUCUGUACUUGUUGUGUAUUUUAUUAAAUUUCUAUACACUGUG